UUGUAUUGGAAUCUACGCAUUUCAAAUUUAUAGAUAUAAAACCACAGCUAAAGUUACCAAAAAAAUGGAAAAGUAAGGUUUUAAAAUUCAUCAGCACUCAUCAGUCAUCAACAGUGCGCGUGAAAAUCGGGCCUAGGGUUCCUCAUCUUCUUCUUGAUCCUUCCUCAAUUUUCAUUUCAUAUCUUCAUUUACGAGUAUUUCGUAGUCUGCCGUCUGCAUCCAGCUGUUUCUAUACCAUCCACAAUUCAAUAUAGACGCGUUGAAGUAGAAGGUUUGUCGAGACUAUAAAAGAGGUGUGUGAUCUUAGGGUUUUGCAUAAGCUAAAGUUAUAUUUAUUAUAGUUUGUUGCAAAGCAAAUGCCAGAGGAAGAUCUUUUAGAAGUAAAGUUUCGAUUGUUUGAUGGAUCUGACAUUGGUCCAUUUCGGUAUUCUCCAGCUUCCACGAUUUCCCUUCUGAAAGAGAGAAUUGUCGCUGAAUGGCCCAAAGAUAAAAAAGGUGGACCCAAAUCAGCAAAUGACAUCAAAUUGAUAAAUGCUGGUAAAAUUUUGGAAAACAAUAAGACUGUUGGCCAGUGUAGAACACCAUUUGGAGAUCUACCAAUUACAAUGCAUGCUCUUGUACAAGUUUCUUUAACCAAGACAAAAACAGAAAAGAAGAUUGAUGAGGCUCCAAAGAUAAACACAUGUACAUGUUCCAUUUUGUAAUAUUUCAUAAGGAGUGUAAAGUGUUAUACCACAUUUGUUACAUGUUAAAUCUACUUAUGUUGUGUAUGUGUGCUUUAUAUAUAUAAUUCAUUGUUUUACAA